AUGGACGAAGAAAUGAUCAUACGAGUGGUUGCUCCAGCAACGCUGGAAGAAGGCUUUAGUUUUGACAUUUUACUUGAGGGACGGCCCAUCAGUGUCACCGUCCCAACAGGAGGCGUUUCCGAAGGAGAAGAAUUUGAAGUUCCCUACCCUCAAGAGCUUCUUGAGGAGCAGCAACUCCUUCAUUUGGAUUACAAAAACAAUCAACAUGGAUAUUUCAUGGGGCAGGACGAAGAAGAAGAGGCUCCACAUGGCCAAUUUCGAGUGUCAUUGUGUUCUUGUUGCGAUGUGAUUACACAAUCUACAUUUUGGACAGGAUGCUUUUGUGUCCCUGUGUUGUUGGCACAACUUCUGACUAGGCUUGGUUUGAAAUGGAACGGGCGAGAAAUUGAAAAGCAAUCGGAAAACUUUGGUGAACGCAGAAAUGAACGGCGGUUCAGGGAUCCCCAAAUGGAGAGGUCAAUGACAUUCAACAGAAUCAUUAUGGCAUUCAUUGGUGCACUGGUCCUGGGCUACAUUCCAGUGUUGGGGGGGUUGAUUGUGAUAACAUUCUACAUUGUGACCACGGUCUGGAUUGGUGGCAAUCUUCGGCGUCACGUGCGGCAGCGCUACGAAAUACCCAACAAUUGCUCACUGCUACCAGGCAGUUUCGAGGACAGAUGCAUCAUGUGCUGUUGUGGGUGCUGCGCUGCCAUCCAAGUGGCUCGACAUACACACGAUGACAAAGAGUACCCGGGUGCGUGCUGCACUGUCACCGGCUUGUAG